CCGCCACCGAAAUAAAACGAAACGCCUUCCGAACCCAACUAACCCCCAAAUCACAAAACCCUCGGCGAUCGAUCAGCCAUGGCGGACGGCGAGCAAUGCGGCGAAGAGGAGUACUCCAAGCUCAACGACCUCAGGGUACGCCUCGACCGAGUCUGUCACGACGGCGGGCAAGGAGGCGAGGGCAGCGACGGUGGUGUCGGGGUUGGGUUCACUCUUUGCUUUUGGAUUUAUCUCUCCGGGUCGGCGCGUCCGUCUUCUGUCGUACUUAAGCAGAAGAAGUCCGAAAGUGAAGAUGAAAUACCCUUUAUUGUUCUGAAUGAGGAGAAUAAAUUAGUUCUUCUUCCUUUGGUGCUGAUACACAAAGAAGCACCAUCUUCUGAGCAUCCAUUUCCAUGGACUGACAUCCUGCAUACUGCUUCUGAAAUAGAUUGCCCAUUGGAGAAAUGGUUUCAUGUUGGAUGCCAGGUAGCUGAAAAAUAUAUACGCCUUUAUGUCGAUGGAAAAUUGGUUGGGGAGAAGUCUUUAUCCCCUUUAUCUAACAAGCCAUGCCAAGAUGAUAUUAAGCAAAUAAUGCUAAUUGGUAAUGAUGGAAAUCUUGGGAGUUAUACGUAUCAAGUUCAGAUUUUGCCUACGACAGCAUCAAUAUCAGACCAGUUUGUUAAGAGUCCUCCAGUUAAAUUGUCUUUUGAUAAUUCUGGAAUUUUGGAUGGAGUUGAAGAAGGAGGGGAUGGUGUUUGGAGCAUAGUUGGUGGCAAGGCCUCUUGUCGAAGGAACUUUUCUUUGGAAGUUGUCCUCUUAGAUGCCUUUGGUCAAUCAGUUCACAAGGAUAUGGAUGUAACCGCUUCACUUUUAUAUGCUGACAAUGGAUCUCCUGUUGAAAAAACAAGAGAUGAUUCGGAAGCCCCACUGUUACUAAGUUGUGAUGGGCUUGAAUACCCUUCUACUGAUAGGCCAGUAAUGCUUCUACGUGGCCGUGCUACAUUUAAGCUGAAAAUAUCUCAGCUAUCAUCAAAAUGUGACAAUAGGCUCUUCCGUGUUUGUUUCCACACAUCACAUUCUCAGAGACCUCCUUUCUUUGAAGCAUAUUCUUGUCCAAUCCGUUGCAUAUCAAGGAAUCGCACCUUCAAGACAGUGGGGUUUGUGAAAAGAUCAGUUCCAACAACAGCGAGCGAAAUUCAAUCACUGAAGUCUAGUGAUGGAUUACAAGCAAUUCGUGAUGUCUAUGGAAAUGGUCACUUAAAAUCGUCAAACCAAUCUCACUCAAAAUUUAGUCCACCAUCAAAGCGUUGUAAAGUAGACGGUUAUAGAUCAAUGGGGGAAUUAACUGCUAAUGAGACCUUGGUACAGACGCUCAGGAAAAGCCAAAAUGGAAGAAUGAAUAGUUGUGAAGGAACAGAUAGUGGACCAUCUGAUUCUGACAGCACUGAUCUUAAAGACUCUGAAGCCAGAUGGAAUGGUGAUUCAUUUAUCUCAGAUGUUACAACAUUUAGAUACUGUUUGGAAGGCACAUUUGAGCGAUCAGUUCUACUUAAAGAUUUGGUAGCUUCCUUGAGCAAUGAAGAAAUUGCACAUUUUGCAGAGCAGGUUUGUCUAUACAGUGGAUGCUCUCAUCACAGAAGUCAAAUAUUAAUUUCAAAGCAAUUGCUUCAAGAAGGGGAUGAUUCCUGGAACACCAUUUCCCAAAACAAGCAACAUGCCCUCUGGAUCAGCACAAUUCCUGAGCUCAAUAAGCGAUUCACAAGCAUCGCUAAUUCCACCAGCAGGCCCUUGUCCGCGCAGGACCUUGAGACUUUGCAUGGAAUUGCUGGAUGUGGUGAUCAUUUGGGCCGGGAAGAGUUUGAUAGAAUCUGGCAUUGGUUGUAUCCUGUAGCUUUUGCUUUGUCCAAAGAAUGGGUCAACAAAAUAUGGGGAUGCCAAUCACCAAAAUGGAUAGAAGGAUUUAUUACAAGGGAAGAAGCAGAAGCAGCACUUAAAGGUCCCGAAGGAUUACAUAAGACAGGAACUUUUGUACUACGAUUUCCCACUUCCCGCAGCUGGCCUCACCCUGAUGCUGGCAGUCUAAUUGUUACUUACCUUGGCACAGAUUUGGUCAUUCAUCAUAAACUUCUCACUCUCGAUCACAGGGUUUGGGAUUCAAGAUUACUGCAAGACAUGCUGUUGGAAGAGCCUGAACUCUCCCAACUAGGAAGGGUUACUCGACAAAGGAAUGCUUGUGACUGAGGGUAAAAAUACGAGAUGAAUGUCUAUCUUGGCUGCAGCUACUCCAUGAAGCAUGUGUUUUAUGGUGCCAUGGUGCCCCUGCUGUCGAUGAUUAUUAUAUACGAUGAAGACAUGCAUCCUGUCUGAUGCAUUGGAUGAUCGACUGACCUGCAGCUCCAAGCUUUUCCAUCUUUGCAAUGUUGUAAGAAUUGAACGAGCUCCGAAGAGAGUCGUGAGUUGGAACAACGUACGUUGAGUCAAGUGUAAUAUUAAAUUUAGAAUAAGUAUUAUUUCUUCUGUAGAUACCUGCUCUCUCUUGUUGUAGCUUCAUGCAGUUUGUAACA